AUGGGAGCCCAAAGGCAGCUCGUGGCUGUCAUUGCGAUGUGCGGCGUCUGCGGUUCUGCCGGCUUCCCUCCCUACCCAGUGGCUCUCUUAGGGGAAGAUGGCGGUCGCCGGUGGCUACCACUUCACCAACAGGAAGAUCUGUCGCCGCCGCAUGCAAUUUCUUUCGUCCAAGGAACAGGAGGGAAGAUGGGGAUGAUUAGGAAUCUGCUCCAACGAGUCGGAAAUUUUUUUUCAAAGAAGAAGCUCGCCACAGAAUCGGAAACGAAAACAGCCAUCGAGUCCUAUGUCAAAGCGAAGGAGGGGCUGAACCUAGAAUGCUUACAGCACCUGCGCCUACCCCUGACUCAGACGGCCUUGGUAGGCCUUAACGGUGAUGAUGCGUUGUACAGGCCCCGUCACCGCGUACUUCCGCGGGUCGAUCUCUCUAUUCUGGACAGUAAAUAUGACUCUAUUUCUCCCCUCUUCAAGGAGAUGUUCGGAACAUCUUUCAGUUUGUCAGUUCACGGGAAAGAGAGGAUCGACGGUAUCGUCCAAAAGAAGCAGGUGCCGAAGCUACCCCAAACGAAGAGACGAAGAUUGUUGGUGACUCUUCUCGUCUACAUUCUGCUCGACAUGCGAAGCAUGCCGCAAAUUGAUCCACUGCUGUUGUCCCUCCUAAUGCGAAUGACGACAAGCAGCUGCGGCAAGCAGGAAAAGCGAAAAAUCAAAGUGAAUGCAAACGGCAAAACUAUCAAAGUGAAAGGAAUCCGCAUCAUGCUCGUCGCCUGGACCGAGCUUGUCAAAUCCAUGGUUCGAAUCGGAGGCUGUUCGUCCUCAUCUUCGGAUGCCAAUUGUGCCCUUUUAAUAGCUUAUAUCCAAUGGAAGGAUCGGGUGACUGAGCAACUGAAUAAGGUAUCUGUCUUACAGGAUCACAAAACAGAGGCUGGCUCUGAUGGUACCGAGAGUGCUGUCGACCGCACCGUAUCUGAUGAAGAGGUGCAAGUGUUGGUGGACAGAGUUCUCCAUCGCAUUGAAAACAACCUCCUUUUUGCGAAUACCAUGAUGAAGAUGAAAUUCAGGUGGUUGAUUAACUUUCUUGGGAAGCGCAAGUCGGUGCGGAAGAUGAUCCUGAAGUUUUCUGGAAAGCUAUCCAGUAAAUUAUUUGGAGUGAAGAUAUUGGGGGGGAAAGCUCAAAAGGAAGCUAUGGAGCUAAAAAUGAGUCCUGCUGCACGCUACGGCUUCACGUUAUUCUACGGUAUGCAAAAGGAAGGAGAAGUUCUGGGGUCAACAGGGCAAGAAGGUUUGUCAAAACUGAUGGGUCAGUUGGUACGCACUUUCCUGAAAAAAAUGUGGGGAUCAGACACAAGCGCGAAGGGCCCUCAAGGGCAGUCAUUGAUACAGAAAGCAGGCAAUGUGUCUACAGUGGUAGGCUUUAUGAAUGAGUUGCAGAACAAGCGAACGGCACCAGACGACAGCUGGAUUCUCAGUCAGCGACUGUCGUAUCCUUGCGGUGACAACCGAUUUGUAAGUCGGAUGAAAGGAUAUAUCCUGCCACAGAAAACCUCAGACUGUGAAGCAGCCAGUAUAUCUCUCAUUCAAACCGGAAAAAAUCUCUCGAGUAAGAUAUCUGUGGGAGUCUCCGGGGUCGCCGCUUUGAUCUUCGGUAUUUUGGGGGUGAUGUCUGGAGGGAUAUCCAUGCUGUUCCCUGCAUUGUUUAUCGUUGGUGGCCUCCUUCUCUGUUUGUUUACUGUCAUUACCUCGCUGAUGGACCUCGGGAUAGUUCCUACACGCCAAGACGGGGAAUCAGCGGGGCAAGGAGACAGGGAACCCUUACAGCAGGAGCCUUACACGUCCUAUGAGAAAGAAGAGGACGAUGAUGGGAAAUCGUCUGAUUACUGGGGUAGCUGA